AUGGCCGCAUUUGGCUUGUUACCCAGCCCUCCAAUUUCCGAAUCCAGGCCGGCAAGUGCUGGGCCUGAUGCAUCUUACUUUGAAACUCAAAAAGAUCCCAACCCUCACCAGAAAAAUCAUCUGCAACCAGGAUCCGUUGCUAGAAGGUGCAUGAGUAGCUCACAGUUUGUGAGCACUGAGCCCAGGACGGAUCAGAAGGGAUCGUAUCAAGGACCAUUCCAGGAUGCGGCUGUGGAUUCCAAACCUUCCUAUCAACCAUAUCGACCAGCAGACCGGCAAGCCAAGGCACCUGAAAAGCGGCGCACGGAUGUCACCAAUGUCCACGAGGCACACUCGAAUCUGAUUCGACAGUGCGAAGAAACUCUGGCAGCCUCCAGUUCAAGUGAGGAACGUGGAGGUGUAGAUAAAAGAACACCCCAAUCGCCUGCUUCACACUACAGCGUCGAACUCUCCAUGUCUUCCGCCUCUCCGACACCUCAACGGCCACGCACAACCACGGUUUCAAGCGGAGCGAGUUGGAUACCCAGCAAUUUCUCGUAUUGUGAGACAUGGUUGCAAGGUGUUCCACACGACAGGCUUGAUAAGCACGAGAACCCCAAGGAAUUCAAUCGUCGAAAGUGCCAGAUCAUUGAACAAAAUCUGUCAAUGCCAAAAUUGAAUUUGCUUGCCGAGGCAAGAACCCUUGAGGAACCAGUGAGAUUUGCUGUAGCCAGCAAGCCUAAACUUGUUGACAUUUCACGACAAUUGUCUCCCUCCAUGGCGCCACCAGGCCCACCGUUUGCACCGCCAUUCAUCAUUCAUCACUCGGCGUGCAUCCCGAUGACUCCAGAUCAGCGGCAAGAAGAGGUUUCCGCAUUCAGCCCUGACACCCCCCUUGAGACGCCUCCAGACCCCUCUGACAGUGGCUAUGAGACCCACGAAUCAAGGUGUCACACUCGUCCCUAUACUGACUCCACAGACGACGAUAUGUUCUCAGAUCCUGGAUCGUUGACUUCUGACAGCGUUACGUCUACGGUGACGGGUGACAGGCUUGACUCGACUUUCAGCGGGCACGAGAGUUCGCCCAAGGCAGAAAUUCGUUCGGGCAGCGUUAGUCCGAGGGCAUCCCCGUCUCUGCGCACACACUCUCCAGGUCAUACGCCACGUCCGUCUGAAGGGGAACAACUUGAAAAACAAGCCUCAUGGGACUACCAAUGGACAUUGGAUGACCAUGAGUGGUCGCUCAGUGAGCUUGAGCACUCCGUGAAAGAUUUCCCACGCUAUAUGCUACGACUUGCUUCUCCAGUUAUUGUUUUCCUUCGCAAAAAUGAUGAAAAAACUCUCUUGCGACAUUUCCGAACAAUCUUUCCCGCCGUCGCAGAGAACUUGCUGGAUUGUCUGUGUGCGGCACUGAUCGCACGCAACUACCUCCAUUCACUUGGCAAGUUACAGCGACGAAAACCAUCUUUAUCAAGACGAAGCGAACACUACAACAUUGAGGCCGUCCCCGCAAAGGCGUACAGCACCUUGGGAAUUCAGCUUCCCACAGCGUCGCCUGGUCGCAUUAAAGACCCAGCGCCCGGCUCUCGUACUGCGGAUCUUCGUCACCAUAUCGAACGGAUCAUCGACAACCUUUUAUUCGCCAUCAGUGGCCAGUCUGAUGGUAUGCUGAAAUCAGCUAUUGAAGUACUCGCCCAAGUCCUCGAAACACACGUCUGA